GUGGAACAAUAAACUACUGUAGGCACACCUGCACGCCGAUUGUCAGCAAAGACAGCAGUACCAGCAAGACCUGGCCGCUGUAACGACCGACGUCCGCGAGGCAGCAGUGCAGCAGCAGCAACAGCAACAGCUCAUGAACUCUACCAUCGCACGCAUCAACGGCAUUGAGGCCAAGGCCUCAGCAGCGCCAAGCUGCACGACGGACGAGACGAAGCAAAUCAAUGAACGCAUCGAUCACGUCGUCACCAUCAUCGGCGACAUAGGUGUUUUCAACGGACCGGACACGAUCAGCAGCACGGUGGCCGCCCUCAAGACGGACAUCACCAAGCUACAGACGAGACCGGACGCCGCUACAAAGACAUUCAAGAUGCCGCACUUCGACAUCUGCAAGUUCGACGACUACAACAAGUCAGACGCUUUGACAUGGUGGCAAUGUUUCCUCACGGAAGCGUCAUGCCGCACUGUCCCGACGAACGACAUGUUGAAGGCACUCUAUUUGCAACUGAUUGGAGGAGCGCAGGCAUGGAUGAACCACCUGACGGCCACCCACAAGUGCACCAUCGCCGAACUCCACACGCACACCACGUGGAAGGAGUUCGAGCAGCUAUGGUUCACCCGGUUCAUGGUCCGCAACGUCGUGAAGGCGACCAUGAAUGAGGUGUACACAUGCUCUCAGGGGAACAUGCCAACUCGARACUGGACAACGAAGUGGCAAAAGAUAGUGAGCACGCCAGAAUUCGAUUUGAGUUUUCCAAAUCAACGAUCCGAGUUCUUCUCGCGAUCGUGCGCGGGAUUGAGGUCGGCAAUCGGUAAUGAGUACGACUAUACCACAUUCCAGGCCAUUCUGGAUCGAGCGAACUUGGUCAUCUAAACGGACGAUAAAGCCGCUAACGAGAG